UACCUCCAGGCUCCCCCCCCCCCCCCCCCCUUGUUUACCUCCAUAACCCUACAUGAACGAUCAUUAAAUCAUGAAGGUGAGCAAACCCACGCAGGUAAAAGGCCAGGCGAAAUCUCAGAAGUGGAAGGAUGUGCGAGGCAAACGCAGCAGGCCUCCCAUCACUUCCUCGGACCUCAACUCCAGUCCUGUCAUGGCCAAGGUGAUCCAGGAGCACCCGGCGACUGCGAAGAAGAAGAAGUCCUCCGUCAAGCGGUUGAGGAAGAAGGCGAAGGCCGUCUCGGAGUCCAAGAAGAAAAACCCUCCUCAGCCUGGGUUGAAGAAGUCUCACGCUCAGGCUAAUGGAAGCUCGGUGUCACACGUGGGAAACGAGUCGGACGACUUACGGGAGUGGAAGGAGUAUUCCCAGUCCUUUAAUAGGAACGGUGUGGAGAGCUCAGGCGACGCGGACAAUGUAAGGCCGGGUCGACUGGAGGGAGAGGCCCUUCAUUACUGUGCAGAGAGAGAUGAUCGACAGAACCACACUGUACUCGUCAUGCAGGAGAAUCAGACGCUGUGCUUCCGUGGAAAGUGCCUGUUGACCAGUCUGUACGGUCGGGUGGAAGUGAUGGGGUUCACUAUAGAAGAAGGCCAGCAGUCCUAUCCACUUUUCUCUCCAGCCUCACACUGUCCGCUGACUAUUAGAGCUCUGGAAAGCUCUCAUCGCGCCAGAAGUGACAGAACGGAAGCUUCAGUCAUCCUAAGAAAGUAUCUGUCAUCAGCAUCACAGAAGAAGUUGAUGAAACGAGUAAAGUCAAGCUCCUCCAUCAUUCUCCUGGAGCCCAUGGAGACACCUCUCACCCGCUUUUUGUCGAGCUUCACUGACCAUAGCGAAUUGUUCAGCCCCACAAUGAGUGAACUCGUGUCAGCUGUUCUGGACACUCCGCUCAAUGGUUUGGGCAUGAUUCCCCUGGUCAGCAACAUUGAAGGCCUGAAAAUGUCAGAGAGCUACAGGGAGGCUCUCAAUACAGUGGUCAACGCCUGCAACGGGGACUUUGAUGGUUGUGCUGUUAUCCUCGUAUGUGGCACCAAAAAUGUGGGCAAAUCCACAUUCAUCCGCUUCCUCAUCAACACCUUACUAAAUCACACCACCAGUGUAGAUUAUUUGGAAGGAGACAUCGGUCAAACAGAGUUCACUCCUGCUGGCUGUCUGUCCAUGUCGACUGUCAGAGAACCACUUCUGGGUCCGCCUUUCACACAUCAGCGCACACCAGAGCAGAUGAUCUACUUCGGUCAGUCUUCAUGCGAGUCGGACCUAGACCGCUACCUGGAGUCCCUGAAGUCCUUGUGGCGAAGACGCCCCCAAAGCAGAGAGACUCCCAUCAUUAUCAACACCAUGGGCUGGGUCAAAGGAUUCGGGUUUCAGCUGCUGGUGGACAUGAUCCGCUUCUUCCCAGUCUCGCACCUGGUCCAACUCAGCCACGGGGGAACCACCCAGUGUCCCGUCCUCACUCCGGACUUUCUAAGGAUGGCACACGGCUACCAGACACACCCACCGGCUCAGACCGCUCUGGACGAGUUUACAGAGAGCCACAGUCCCCCCAGGAGCUACACCCACCUUAACGUACAGUCAGACUUUCAAGGAGUGGGUCGCCAAGGAACAUCGAAACACCAGCGCACUAAUGAGCACAGAGAGCUUUCAUUGCUGUCCUACCUGAGCCAGUUGCAGUCUGCUGACCCUGGACCAGUUAGACCUCUACACAGCCUCACCCCGUACCAGGUGCCCCACACAGCAGUGGCUUUAGGUGUGACCCAUUGUGAGAUCACGCCCAGUCACAUGUUUUAUGCUGCUAAUGCCAGUCUGGUUGGACUGUGCUGCCUAGGAGAGAAAAUCACAAGCAGAGGGGGGCCGGUCGUGCUGUCCCAAGCACCCAUCUGCCCAUGUGUAGGCUUUGGUGUGCUUCGAGGUAUUGACAUGGAGCGAGGUCUGUACUUGUUGCUGACGCCUGUCGAUCCCUCAGUCCUCCGUAAGGUCAACUGUCUCCUACUGGGGGCGCUGUCACUGCCUUCCUGCAUCAUCACAUCACAGCCUGGCUUUGAAGGAGAGAUGCCCUACAUCACAACAGAUUACAGUUUUGAUCUGACUGGUGCAGGAAAGCUGCGAGUCUUCAAGGGAAUGACAAGACAAAGUCAAAUAGGGAUGUGAUUACUUUUUCUACUCAGCACCAGUUUGUUACCCUUUACCCUUCUAUACUGGCCUCUCAAGCACAAACCAGUCAGAGUUGGCCAUUUAAUGUUCAGAACUGAGUUUG